UUUCGUAGCAACAGUAGAAGAAGAAAGUCUUCCAGGAAGUCAGAGCAGAUUGCCAGAGAACCGGGACUCGCUCGUUUCCUGCGAUAUGUGUACAAUAAGAUAAUAAGAGUAUGAAGUUGCUGGUCUUUAUAAUAGUAUGGUAACCAGUUGAACGGUGGAACUCGGAUAUGCCUUUGUUAAUUCAAAAUAGAGGACUUGGGCGCAUAAACUCGACAGCGGAAUUGUUCGACACAUAUCCACAUUUACAGGAACAUGGAAGAACAUUUCGCUCCAAGCCACUUGUUGACGUGGACCCAAAGUGCCUCUUGUAUGUCCAACAAAGAGAGUUUGCUGCAACAACACCAGCAGACAAUUGUGUUUCAGUAAUUGGAUCUGAUGAUGCCACCACCUGUCAUUUGGUUGUGUUGCGACACACUGGAAGUGGAGCCGUUUGCCUUGCUCACUGUGAUGGUUCCAGCACCUGGUCUGAAGUCCCCCUCCUUGUGAAAGCUGUCACCUCACUGAGUAACGUCAGUAAGGAGGGCAGACUUGAGCUCCAUCUUGUUGGGGGAUUUAACGAUGAGUCAAAAACAUCCCAUAAACUCAGCCUUAACAUAUUGGCAGCGUUCCAGAAACAGAAAGAGGAUAUUCAUCUGGAGACAUGCUGCAUCACAGAAAUCAAUGACAUCGUUGUUGAUGGAAUUCAUAGGCCUGUAGUAUAUGGAAUAGGUGUAAAUGUUAAAACAGGGGACGUGUUCCCUUCGUCAUUCACUCAUAAAGGACCUGCAGAAGAGCUGCGAUCUGCGAGGACCUUCACCGGAGGACAGAUGGCUGACAUAUAUGACUCAAGUCGAGGACUUGUUAAAAUCGGCCCUUGCAAUUGGUCUCCAAAUCUAGAUAUUGCCUUCUGGUUGGCGCAAAAUGAUGACACAAUUUUAAAGUACCUGUCCACCUCUCCGAUGGCUGAGCCGCCACACUUCGUCCAGCACAUGAAGUCCACCAUCCAGUUCCUUUUAAAACACCCCGACUCUGAUAGCCUGUUCCCCGGGGGUCAGCCACAGCUCUACCACAGGACUGAGACGGGGGACUGGGAGAGGGUUGUCUAGUCAUAGAGCACUACUCCCAUCUUUCACUCAACCUUAACAUGGAACCUGACUGUUUUUGCCUCUCAGCUCAGUGGAUACACUGUGACCCAUCCACCCACUGUCUGUUAUUGUUCAUUGUGUCUUAAUUUGGAGGUAACCCCCAACUUGACCAUGCAUAUGUUGAAUAGCUCUCCUGAUUCAUCUGGCUGGUCCAGUAGAGAGAGUAGAGGAAGUGCAGGUGAUUCUGUUCAUGCCUGUUACAGUUCAUUUUUCCACUCUUGUGAGGUGAUGUAAAGUCUGCACCUUACACCCUCUGUUGUGUUGCUGUCAGUCAAGGUUAAUGUGCUACUAUGCUUGGCUAUUUUGAAAUAGUUAACAUUGCUGUCUUCUGACCAGUUAAAAAACAUACUUCUCAUUUUGUAUGGUUUUUUUUUUAGCCCAAAACCUGCAACAAUUUUUUUUAUCCAUUUCCUACCUACGUUGCAUACGUUCAUUGUGCAGUUUAAACUAGUACAGCCAAUCAAUUUGCAGAAUUGAAGCUUAAUAUAAUUGCCUUUAUAUUAUUGUCAGUGUUUUAUGUUACAUUGUCCCCAUUAAAUCAAUUCUUGCCUAUCUCCAGAAAGUUCUGAAAACCAAUACUUUUCCGAGAGGUGUGAAUCAAUCUUAAAACUUGGUAUGCUUUGAAAAAUGCACAAUAUGUAGUUAAUGGGCUAAAACAUGUAAAACCACAUGUAUGGUUCUUAAAUGCCUGACCUACUGUUAAGGAAUAAUUAGAGGAGGGGAACUUGCUGCAAUAGCAAAAAAGAAUAUAUUUAUUUUGGCACCUUGUUUAAAAACAGUAAAGAGAAUUUUAUUUGCUGAGCUCUGCAUUGUUGAAGAGUCGCGCAGUAAGUUUAUUUUUCUCAAAGAAAAGCACCUUCACGAUGAGAGUGGAAUAUGAUAUUUCAUCACAUACUCUACAUACUGCUGUAUAGUUGGCUAUGAAUGUGUACGUUUUAGGAAAGUGCAUGUGUAAAUGUGUAUAGUAAUCUUAUGCAAGGGAUGUUUUGUCUAGUUUAGUCUUUUUUCAAACUUAAAAAUGAAACCAACAUCAUACUGUAUAAGGCCUUUUCAUCAGUUGUGUUAUUCAGGAAGUUGCAAGGUGCUUAAAGCAUUGCUGCAACUUUUUACUCUAACAUACUGUACCUGUUGCUAAAUAAAUGUAAAUUGUCAAA